UCUUCUCUUCUCUUUCUUUCUCUUAUAACAACAAAAGCUUAUCAUCUUCUCUUCUCACCAAUCUUCCAACACUUCCAAUGGCUUUAAUUUCAGAGGUUAAUAUGAGUUUCUCUCACUAUAUGGAUGAUGAAUAUGAGAAACUCUUCAGAAGAAUGAAUCCACCAAGAGUUGUAAUUGAUAAUGAAUCCAGCAAGAAAGCCACUGUUAUAAGGGUUGAUAGUGCAAACAAGCAUGGAAUACUCCUUGAAGUCGUGCAAAUUCUGACCGAUCUAAACCUCAUCGUAAAUAAGGCUUACAUCUCUUCAGAUGGAGGAUGGUUCAUGGAUGUGUUUAAUGUCACUGACCAGGACGGAAACAAGGUCAUGGAUGAAGCUAUUCUGGACUACAUUCGAAAGUCACUCGGUCCAGAAUCAUGCUGUACAUCGUCCAUGAGAUCUGUCGGGGUCAAGCAAACUAUGGACCACACCGCCAUAGAACUAAUGGGAAGCGAUAGGCCAGGAUUGCUUUCAGAAGUGAGUGCGGUGCUAACUGACCUCAAGUGCAACAUAAUCAAUGCAGAGGUGUGGACUCACAAUACCCGUGCAGCCUCCGUGAUGCAUGUAACGGACGAAGAAACCGGCGCUGCAAUCACCGACCCUCAAAGGCUCUCACUAAUUAAAGAACUCCUAGCCAAUGUGCUUGGUGGUGGCAACAAAGUCAGGGGAGCUAGCAGUGUAGUCACCGAACAAGUUACGCAUACUGAUAGAAGGCUUCACCAGAUGAUGUUUGCCGAUAGGGAUUAUGAACGACCCGACGACAAUGAGUUUGAUGAGAAGAGAAGACCAAAAGUGACCGUUGUGAAUUGGUCCGACAAAGAUUACUCUGUUGUUACUAUCCGAUGCAAGGAUCGAGCAAAGCUUCUGUUCGAUAUUGUUUGUACUUUGACAGAUAUGCAGUAUGUGGUUUUCCAUGCAAGUAUCGAUACGGAGGGUCCAAAUGCAUUUCAGGAAUAUUACAUUAAACACAUAGAUGGAUCCCCCGUAAAAUCGGAUGCAGAAAGACAAAGAGUGAUUCAGUGUCUUGAAGCUGCAAUUCAGAGAAGAGUAUCCGAGGGUUUGAAGCUAGAACUCUGCACAACCGACAGAUUCGGACUUCUGUCCGAUGUCACGCGUAUCUUUCGAGAGAACAGCCUCACAGUUAACAGGGCGGAAGUGACGACCAAAGGUGGCAAAGCCGUUAACACAUUUUAUGUUAGUGGCGCAUCCGGUUGCCCCGUAGAUUCUAAAACCAUAGACACCAUUCGGCAAGCAAUCGGAAACACCAUACUAAAAGUAAAGGGUAGGCCGGAAGAGUUGGAACCGGCAACGACGCAGGAUUCUCCGACAAGGUUCCUCUUUGGUGGGUUUUUCAAAUCAAGGUCCUUUGUUAACUUUGGUUUGAUAAAGUCUUAUUCAUGAGAAUAAGGUUUGGUGAAAGUGUAAAAUAUGCUCUCUUCUUCUCUGAUUCUAUCACUAUCUAUUUCAUUUUCUUGUACAUGGAAAA